AUGGCGGAAGUGCAGGUGGCAUUGAGUUGCGCUCGGAGAAUGUAGAGGGUCAGUUUGACAGCAUAACAGACAGAAAUCAAACAUGGCUCUCAAUAAAAAUCACGAUGAAUCUGGACGUGUCAUCAUCAACAACUUCGAGGGUGUCCUGAUGUCAUAUGAGAACGUGGAGCUGGUGUUCAGUGACAGCGAACGCUUGCCGGACGCCUUCAGAAAGAGCAAGAAGGGAAGCAUCUACCUGACACCUUACAGGGUCAUCUUCCUGACUAAAGGAAAAGAUCCUCUGCAGUCUUUCAUGAUGCCCUUCUAUCUUAUGAAGGGCUGCGAGGUCAAACAGCCUGUGCUCGGUGCCAAUUACAUCAAGGGCACAGUCGGCGCCGAGUCUGGAGGUGGAUGGGAAGGAUCUGCAACCUUCAAGCUGAUCUUUAGCGCUGGAGGAGCCAUCGAGUUUGGUCAGCGCAUGUUGCAUGUGGCAGAGCAGGCAUCCAGAGGGCAACCGGUGACUGUAAAUUUCGGCUGCCCAUACAUGGCGAACGGUGCGUACGCUUUUCCUCCACCUCCUCCUGCUAACGGCAUGUAUCCCGCCGGGCCUCCUCCACCUGGAUACGCCUACCCUGGACCUCCACCUCCAGGUGCGUUUUACCCUAGUCCUCCUGUGUUUGAUGGACCGGCAGCUUAUAUGCCACCUCCUCCAUACACUGCUCCAGUGGAUCAUGCUCCGCUCGACCCAGACCUGCCUAGAACCGCUGCUGCGGAGGCAAAAGCAGCUGAAGCAGCAGCCAGUUCCAGCGCUAACACCACUUAUGCUCCAACACACGUUUACCUGCCGGAGGACAAGCCUCCGCCGUACUCCCCACCUGAUGACAAGAAGAACCAGUAGAUACAUCGUCUGCACAAGCUCUGCUCUCCGCUCAUGCCCUUCAUCUCAUCCUCUCAGCAUCUCCAGUUCUACAUCACCCCCAGACCUCCAUCCAGCAGGGGGCGCCACGCUGCAUUCACAUAACCUGGCCCACAUAGACGGACGAGAGAGUACAAUAAUGAGAGAGAGAGAGAGACUGACUGCUUUCCAGACGCAAAGACAAACCCACAGUAAAACACUGAGCUUUUCUCAAGUGGAAAAAUGGCAUAUUUCUUUAUUUACUAUAGAGGGAUUGAGUGAGAAUGAUAACGUUUUAUUUAUUUUUAGCGUUCAGGAUGAGCUCAAAACACUGGGGUGUUUAUAUUAACGCCACUUUUUUGGUAGUUAAGUUAAGAUUCGACUGCUGGACUGUUGGAUUAUCUGUACAUUUCGUCUAAUGCAUUUCUUUUGUCGCAAAUUUUAUUGUGUUGAUUAACACCUUGGUAUACUCCAAAUUAACUUAUUCAUUUGAGCGCAAAAAGAAGUUUAUAAAGGUCUGAAUAUUUUGACACCCCCAGAGCUGCAGUAGGCUGGGUUGUAAAGGUAUACUGUAACUCCACUCGAUUGGACUUCUUACCACAACAAAAAUGGCGACUGUGAGAGAAUAACAGUUACAUAUAUAUGACAAACAGAGCUGCAGUAGGCUGGGUUGUAAAGGUAUCACGCCACUUGAUUGGACUCCCAAACACAACAGCAACGCAGCUCUGAGAGAAUAACAAUUACAAAUAUUUGACAGAGCUGCAGUAGGCUGGGUUGUAAAGGUAUCACGCCACUCGAUUAGACUCCUAAACUUAACAACAACGCAGCUCUGAGAGAAUAACAGCUACAUAUAUAUUCCAAACAGCGCUGCAGUAGGCUGGGUUGUAAAGGUAUCACGCCACCCGAUUAGACUUCUAAACACAACAACAGCGUAGCUCUGAGAGAAUAACAGUUACAAAUAUUUGACAGAGCCGCAGUACGUGGGGUUGUAAAGGUAUCACUACUCGAUUGGACAUUUAAACACAAUAGCAAUGAUGGCUCUGAGAAUAUAAUAGUUACAUAUAUAUAUAUAACAAACAGCUGCAGUAGGUGGGGUUGUAAAGGUAUCACACCACUAGAUUGGACUCCUUAACACAACAACAACGCAGCUCUAAGAGAAUAACAGCUACAUAUAUAUAUAUAUAUAUAUAUGACAGAGCUGCAGUAGGUGGGGUUGUAAAGGUAUUACGCCACUCGAUUAGGCUCCUAAAAUACAACAAAACAAAUUACAAAUAUAUAACAAACAGAGCUGCAGUAGGCUGGGUUGUAAAGGUAUCACGCCACUCGAUUGGAUUCCUAAACACAACAACAGCGCAGCUCUGAGAGAAUAACAGUUACAUAUAUAUGACAGAGCUGCAGUAGGUGGGGUUGUAAAGGUCUUACGCCACUCGAUUGGACUUGCAAACACAAUAACAAUGAUGGCUGUGAGAGAAUAAUAGUUACAUAUAUAUGACAAACAGCGCUGCAGUAGGCUGGGUUGUAAAGGUGUCACGCCUCUCGAUUAGGCUCCUAAAAUACAUCAACAAUGGCGACUGUGAGAGAAUAACAAUUAUAUAUAUAUAUAUAUAUAUGACAGAGCUGCAGUACGUGGGGUUGUAAAGGUAUCACGCCACUCGAUUAGGCUCCUAAAAUACAACAACAUUCGAACAAUACCGAAUGGAACAAUGUUUUAUAACUUUACUCAGUUGUGACGCAGUUGUGUUUAUCUUCCAGUGUGUGAGUCUUUCCGUGAAUGAUAGCACUGGUACGAAUACAGUACAUCUGCGCCAGCUCUGCUACUCGACCUUCCAGCAUAUUCAUGUUGCUAAGUUGGUAUUGUUGUGCUGGAUGUUUUUAUCCUGUUUGACUCUGAAUUGCGUCAAUAUGAAGCACGUUAAAUAAGACGUAGCUUUACGGCACACACACACCGAUUGCAUAAUCCACACCAACCAAUGCUAGCUCAAAUGUGCUUAGGACCAAAAUGAAAUCUCCAAAAGGUUAGCUUUGGUGAGCUGUUUCGAACUGCCGAAGGAACUCGAAGUUACGUAAUUUUAGUGCUUUUUUCAAUUACAUUUGAAGUAUACCGGGGCCUUUAGUGCUGCCCACUUUUUCAUUGUUGCUCAUUCCAAAGUAUUUUAGAAAUCUUACAAAAGCCAAGGAGGAAACAAUGCAAUAUUUGAAGUAAAGAAGCAUAUGCAAAUCUGGAGGAAAAAAAAAACUCAGAAUAGGAAAUUGAUUAUGUCUAAAGCAGUGGGCUAAGCCAAACAGGGACUUUGUCACAGGGAGUGGGUGGAGCUAAACAGGGACUUGUUUAUGUCACAGGGAGUGGGCAGGGCUAAAAAUCUAUUGUGGCAUGGUUUGCUUGCUGCAACUCUUAUUGGUGGAUUUUUGAAGUUAGAAAAUAGCGUAUUUAUUGAUGUAUAGAUGGACUGUUUUGUUUUUGCUAGUUGCACAAGAGUUUAGGAUGAGCAGGGCUUAAUUUGUGCCGGAACAAGCCGGAACCACAUUUUACAGAUCCCCCCUUCUCACAUGCACCCCCGCUCUUCACUUUCUUCUGCUACUCCCUAACCCUCUCCGUCCGCGACUCCCCAAUCCUCUUCGUCCAUGAUCUGCUACCCCGAUCUCUUCCGGGACCUCACAAUUUACAAAAUAAGCACCGAGGAUGAGCCAAAAAACACUGGACUGUUCACAUUAACAGCUCUUUACCAGUGAAAGAGAACACUCUAAGGCAGGAAUAUUGGAUUUUCUGCUUGCUUAAUAAUCAAAACUCAACUAAUCUCAUUGGUCAUUUAUUCGCUGCAGAUUAAAGCGAAAGCACUUUAGCUGUACAUUCCGUCUAACGAAUUUCUUAACCAACUUUUGUCUUAGUUUUAUUGAGUGCUUUAGUCGUGCCCACUUUAUUAUCAUUGCGAACUCCUAAGUAUUUUAGAGAUGUUUCGAAAGCCUAUAUUCAAGGGCUAUAACGCAACCAACCAAGGAGCAUCAAACCAAUACAAACACUGAUCUGAAGCAAAGAGCCAUGGAAAUCGGACCAAAAACAUAAAACAAUUGACAUACAUAGAGACCGACUUGAUUAUGUCACAUGCUGUGCUUUAUGGUCAUGGGCCGAGCUAAAGAUAUAUUGUGGCAUGCUUUGCUUGCUGCGACUCUCUGAUUGGUGGAUUUUCCUGAGCUUUUCAAAUUUGGAAGAUAGCGGAUUUAUUGACAAAUAGAUAAACAGACACAGUUGUUUUCGCUAGUUUUUUUGCACAAGAGUUUAGAAUCAGCCCAAAAACAGCUCUUUUUCAGUGAAAGUGAACACUCAAUAGCUGGAAUAUUGGAUUUUCUGCUUGCUUGAUAAUCAAAACUCAACUAAUCUCUUGAAAUCUCAUGAAAAUGAACGAUUUCUGGUCACUUGUUCGCUGCAGAUUAAUGUAAAAGCACUUUAGCUGUACAUUCCGUCUAAUGCAUUUCUUAACUAACUGUUGUCGCAAGUUUUAUUUAGUAGCAUUAGUGCUGCCCACUUUAUCACCACUGUAAACUCCAAAGUAUUUUAGAGAUGUUACGAAAGCCUACAUUCAAGUGCUAUAACACAUCAACAAAACCAACUAAGGAGCAUCAAAACAAUACAAACACUGAUUUGAAGCUAAGAGCCAUGGAAAUCUGACCAAGAAUAUAAAACAAUUGGCAUACACAGAAAGACCGACUUGAUUAUGUCACAUGCUGUGCUUUAUGGUAGUGGGCGGAGCUAAAAAUAUAUUGUAGCAUGCUUUGCUUGCUGUAACUCUCUGAUUGGUGGAUUUUCCUGAGCUUUUCCGAAGUUGGAAAGUAGCGUAUUUAUUGACAUAUAGAUUUUUUUUGCACAAGAGAGUUUAGGAUCAGCCCCAAAACAGCUCCUUUUCCAUUGAAAGUGAUCACUUAAUAGCUGGAACAUUGGAUUUUCUGCUAGCUUGAUAAUCAAAACUCCACUCAUUGAAAUCUCAUGGAAAUGAACGGUUUCUGGUCAUUUAUUCGCUGCAGACUAAUGCGAAAGUACUUUAGCUGUACAUUCCUAAUCUAACACAUUUCUUUACUAACUGUUGUCUUAGUUUUAUUGAGUGUAUAGUGCUGCCCGCUUUAUUAUCAUUGUAAACUCCAAAGUAUUUUAGAGAUGUUACGAUUUUGAAAGUCUUCGUAGAAGUGCUAUAAUGCAGUGGUCCCGACUGUACUGGUCCUUGGAUCAAUCGUUACUGGGCCGCAGAAGAAAUCAUUAAUUAUUUCUGUUUUAUUCAUUGUCUCAAUCUGAACGAUCUUUUAUUUUGAAAAAAGACAGUAUACUUUGGCUAACAUCUCAGUAACUUGAGUGGCCAAAUUUAGCUCACAAGCAGCAUAAUGAGUAAGAAACAGACGUCUUUGGAAAGUUUCUUUGCGAAGAGGAAAAGGCCCAGUGAAGGACCCACUAACUGCCAAGGAACGUAUCCACAACCCAUUAGUCAACAAAUCAGGUGAAUUCAGCAUGUCUGUGCAAGAAGAUCAACUGCUGGAGAUCGCAAAUGAUAGUGGCCUUUUAGGGGCUGUUCACAUAUCACGCCUUUUCUAGAGUUCGCGCAAGUUCGUUAUUUCUAAUGGAGGUGCACAGCCAAGCGGCGUGACCACUUGCGCCUUCCAGAUACACCCAGUUUAAUGAAUGCCGAGAGCACGUCGCGAGUCACGUGACAGAAACUGACCGAUCUGCUUCAUACUUUGUAUGGGAUAUUCACCUUUCGGUAGACUAAGUAUCUCAAAAAACACUGAGACUGACUUGAUUAUGUUGUGCUUUAUGGUAGUGGGCGGAGCUGAAAAUAUACUAUGGUGCACUUUGCUUGCUGCGACUCUCUGAUUGGUGGAUUUUCCUGAGCUUUCCUGAAGUUGGAAAAUAGCAUAUUUAUUGACCUAUAGAUGAACUGAAUGUGAAAGAAUGUGCACAAGAGUUUAGGAUCAGCCCAAAUACAGCUGUUUUUCAGUGAAAGUGAACACUCAAUAGCUGGAAUAUUGGAUUUUCUGCUUGCCUGAUAAUCAAAACUCAACUAAUCUCUUGAAAUCUCAUGAAAAUGAACGAUUUUGGGUCAUUCUGGCAUAAAUAGAGAGACCGACUGGAUUGUCACAUGCUUUAUAGUAGUGGGCGGAGCUAAAAAUCUACAAUGGUGACCUUUGCUUGCUGCGACUCUCCGAUUGGUGGAUUUAAUGCACUGCAUUAUGGGAAAUGUAGUUUUUCUGCACCAAUUAAAGUUUUUGUAAAGUGCUUUUUACGAUAAGUAUUGUUCCCGAAACCAGCUAUACAAAAGGUGCGCAUUAUAACAUUAGUCAAAAUCAAGUACAGUAGAUCUGUCAAGCAUACACAAUUAAUCUCCAGUUAUACAAUGCAGUUUUUCAAAAACGUGUUGUCUAAUUCUGCUAGUGAACAUGAUUAAGAUAAUAUUGGGUUCACAUAUGGGUUUAAGAAAAGCAGCAUUUACAACCUCAGAGCUCAUCACAGGUCUGUUAUUGUCAUAAAAUGGAGAAAAUGAAUGGAGUUUUGACUUCUCAGAGUUCUGAUUCUUGAAUCUGAUUGGACGAGCUGUUGCUUUGCCAUUGGAAAUCAUUUUCAUUGCCUAAGAAAACAGAGUAAUCAGCAAUUCUGUGUCUGAAAUCAGCUUCACAAACACUACAUCAUGUACCCUGAGAAGAAGCUCAUUCUCUUGUCUUGGCGUCUCUGUAGCAUGCAGCUAAAGUUUGACUAAAGAUGCACUUUAACCCAACACGCACCUUCAGUCUCCUGGACGGCGUUUGUUGACACUCAUUUCCAAUAUUUAUUUAAGUACUCAACUAAUCAGUUAUGCAUGGUCUGGACUGUAUUGUCUUACUUAAAGUGUAUUUUAUUAAAGUAAACCUGUACAAGUGGAAUCUUUUAUGGACGUCUCGCUCAUCAUUAAUCACCAUGUACAUAAAUAUCAACAAGAGUUCAUAUUCAUCAAUAAAAGUCUCUCAGGAGAAUAAACAAAA